AUGGCAUUAACCCCAGCUGCGGCAAAAGAAUUCGUGUCUCACAAGCACGAGAGCAAAGCCAAAGCUCCGCUGCCCACCAAAGGUGUAAAGGCGGCCGUACGGAGCUUUGUCUCAACUCUCCCAUCAAAGUCGUCAGCAAAACCACCACCAACUGCUUCUUCGCCAUCAGCAAAGCCGCCGAUCAAAUCCGUGGUAGUAAGACCGUCACGUCAUCUUACCAUGACAACGCAGAAAUUGAUCGAGAAAGCUGGCCAGAAAGUUGAAAAGAGGAAACGACUCAGAGAGGAAAGAGAAAGAAAAGAUGCUGAGCAGAAGCAUCAGCAGACGCUCAAAGAUCUGAAAAACAAAGCAGAUGCUGUCAGGAAGGAGAUCGCAGAAGCAGAAUCGAAGCGAAAUCACAAUCGGAACAGAAAGAGGAGACCCAGAUCGGAGGCUCAAACCAUCAUCGAGAGCGACAGACCCUCGGAGAGAAAAAGACCUUGGACGCCAGCUCCAUAUCAGGACUCGCCACCUGAUUGGAUGCAGUACAUGACCUUAGCGCAACAACGGGUCAUGACACUGCAAAAUCAAGUGCUGCUUCAACAACGGCAGAUCACCAUGAUGCAGCAGGCUGGCAUGUCACUAUUCCCGUUCGGAAUAGUGACAAAGGCGAUGCUUCCACCACCACCGCCAACAAUCUGA